AUGGACCCUGCCGCGUAUGAGGCCGUGGCGGACACGCUUAGCCAGUCGGCGAGGGAUCGCAUCCAGCACCAGCGUGGCCUCCUCUCGGGUGAUCCGCAGCUGGUGUCUAGGGCAGCGCAGAAGGAAAGUGAUGUGCUCACGGAUCGGCUUGGCAAAGUGCAGAAGAAGUAUGACAGGGCGCAGGAGAACCUGCACCGUGCCGUCCGCUGGGCAGCAGAGGUUGGCGCCGAGCUCGAGGAGCUCCAGCAGCAGCAGAAGGAGGCGGCCGCGCGCGGGGCAGCGGCACUGGCGCGAGUGGGUGGCGCGGCCGCCGCCGCGCCUGGCACGCCGCCUGGCCAGUGUGACGGGCUGCUGCAGCAGGCGCGGCUGCUUGGCGACGCCGAGCUCGAGGCAAAGCUCGCGGAGGUGGCGGCGCAGCUGGCGACCGCCCAGCAGGAGCUACAGGCGAAGGCUGCGCAGGCCCAGCACCCCCCCCCCCUGGUGCGCCCGCUGGCACCGCCCCCGCUGGCGGUGCCCAGCCUGGCGCCGCCUGCGCGGGCCCCUCUCCGGGAGGCGGCGUCGCGGCAGCAGGGGCAGCGGGUGCAGGGCAGCCUGCGCCGCCUACUGCAGCUCCUUUGGGUGGCGCUGACCCUGAUGAGCCAGAAGCUGCUCGAGGCCUGUGCCAGCGCAGUCGGCGAGGAGGAUGACAUGGAUCUCGACGAGGGAGCCAAGCGGGUCAUCAAGCAGCGUGCCAUCGAGCUGUUCGGCCAGGCGCUCAAGAAGAUGCGAUCCACUUACUACGUCCCGCCGCAGUUGGGGUAG